AUGGCAAGUUCUCAAACGGGUCAAACUGGUCAAACUUCGGUAGAUACCACAAAUAUUUUUACAACUGACAAAAAAUUUGCUACACGGGAUGAUGUUGUCGAGUGGGCUCGAGAGGUUGGAUUUGCCAACAAAGUUAGUAUAAUUAUUUCUAGAUCAGAUAAAAAGACUGGAAAAAGAGGAAGAAGUGACAAGUUGAUUCUGGGAUGUGACAAAGGUGGAAAAUAUGACGUUGAAAGUUCGAAAGUAACUGCGACAAAAAAGUGUAGCUACCCAUUUAAAAUUAGAGCAACACCUUCUACAGAUGGUUCAGGAUGGAAAGUUCAAGUUAAAUGUGGAGUUCACAAUCACGGACUACCUGAUCAAUAUGAAGGUCAUCCUCGUGUGGGUCGUUUAACCGAAGAUGAGAAGAAACAUGUUGCCGAUCUGACAAAGCUUCAUGUAGCACCAAGGCACAUACUGUUAUCGUUGAAAGAAAAAAAUUCAGAUUGUGUUACUCAUGUCACCCAGUUAUAUAAGCACAGAAGCAUUCUACAAAAAGCAGAAAGAGGUCCAAGAACAGAGAUGCAACAGUUGAUGCAGAUGUUAGAUGAAGCAAAAUAUGUUAGCUGGAAUAGAAGAAGAGAUGAUGGCUCUGAUGUACUACGUGAUGUAUUUUGGGCACAUCCAGAUUCAAUCAAGUUGUUGAACAUGUUUCCAAUUGUUUUGAUUAUGGAUAGUACAUACAAAACCAACAAAUAUAGACAGCCACUACUUGAAAUUUUGGGCAGGGCCACUUUGUAUUUCAUUUCUGGGGAGAGAUUCGAGAACAGGGUAGAAUUAAAUUGGUCACUUCCCUUGGAAGUCCUUGGCUCAGAUAUUUAUAUUGUGGGGUCUACUAGUAUCAAUGACAUUCUUUGUCUCACCAAUAUAUGGGAUGCUGAGAGUAAACUUGUAUUGUGGAAUCCAAUCACCGACGAAUUAAAUGUCAUUCCUCCUAGCCUUGUUGAGUCUGUACCUUGUACGAAGGUUAUACCUUUUAUUCAUGGAAUUGGUUAUGAUCGUCUUAGGGAUGACUAUAAGGUGAUUCGCCAUGUAGAAUUUGAUGGCCGAUCUUUUGAUUUCUUGUUCGAUCGUGUAUUGUCUAUGGAAGAGGAUUUGGCAAUAUCCAAGGAACCCUUAUGGGAGAUAUAUAGUCUAAAAAGUAAUUCUUGGAAGAAAUUUGAUGUUGACAUGUCUAUGUUGAUGAACCCUAGCACGAAAGAAGACAUUGCCCAAUUCUACAUGGAUGGAAUGUGUCAUUGGUGGGAUAAUGUUGAAAAAGAUAGUAGUGAUGAAACAUAUUUUGUUUCAUUUGACGUGAGCAAUGAGGUGUUUUUUACAACACCCAUGCCCUCACAAGUUGAUGAUACUUUUGAUCUUCGAUUGGUGAAGAGGCAGUUGGUGAUAUUAAAUGGAUCCAUUGCUUUGAUCUCGUAUAGUGGGGAGACCACUUUUCUUCACAUAUCAAUUUUAGGUGAAAUUGGUGUCAAAGAAUCUUGGACUAAACUCUUCAUUGUUGGACCAUUGCCUCAUGUUGACUAUCCCAUCGGAGCAGGGAAGAAUGGUGACAUAUUCUUCGUAAAAAAGGAUGAAGAACUAGCUUGUUUUAAUUUGGAUACCCGGACGAUUAAGGAGCUUGGUGUCAAGGGAGAUAUGAGUCAGAUAGUAAUUUAUAAGGAUGAUUGUUUUCUGGCUGUCAAUGGAGGUCUAAGAUAA